AUGUACUCGGAAGUCUCUUACAUUGCCGAUAUUAACGAACGUGGUCCCUUUAUUACUACCAUACUUUUCAGUGUUAAUGAUCGUUUGGGUAUUUUGGAUGAAUGCUUAACAGCUAUUAAGGAUUUAAAUGUUUCUUUGACUAAAAUUGAAAGUCGUCCAAGUAGAACACCUGAUUGGGAUUAUGAUUUUUUCGUGGACUUUAGUGCCGAAGAUACGAAACAACUUUCUCGUAUCGUCACGGCAUUAGAAAAGAUCACAAAGCAAGUUAAAGUAGUAAGUACGAGUACAACAAGUGCCACAACAGAACAAGUCCCGUGGUUCCCACGUAAAAAAUCCGAUCUUGAUUCUUUUGCUGAUAAAGUUUUGGAGAUGGGUGAAGAACUGGACUCCGAUCAUCCUGGUGCCAAAGAUCCUGUUUAUAGAGCUCGUCGUUCUGAGAUUACGCGUCUUGCCAAAAUUUAUCGUCAUGGACAACCUAUCCCAGAGAUUAAAUAUGCACCUGAAGAGAUUUCUACUUGGGGUACCGUUUUUCGUAAUUUGACGAAACUAUUUCCUACCCAUGCUUGUAGAGAACAUCAAUAUGUUUUCCCUUUGUUGGUCCAGAAUUGUGGUUACGGAGAAGAUAAUAUUCCACAAUUAGAGACUGUGUCCAAAUUCUUGAAAGAAUGUACUGGAUUCACUCUUCGUCCCGUUAUGGGUUUACUUUCAUCACGUGAUUUCUUGAAUAGUCUCGCUUUUCGAGUAUUUCAUUCUACUCAAUACAUUCGACAUCAUUCCAAACCUUUUUACACUCCAGAACCUGAUGUGUGCCACGAACUCCUUGGUCACGCUCCAUUAUUUUGUGAUCCAGACUUCGCCGAAUUUUCUCAGGAAAUCGGGUUGUCAUCAUUAGGCGCUAGCGAUAGUGAUAUUGAAAAAUUAUCUACGAUUUAUUGGUUUACGGUAGAAUUUGGUCUUUGUCGCCAAGAAAAUGAAAUUCGUGCUUACGGCGCCGGUUUGUUGUCUUCUUUUGGUGAAUUGGAAUACGCUUUAUCGGAUAAACCCCAAAAAUUGUCAUUUGAACCUUCUAAGACAGCCGUACAAAAAUAUAUAGUGACAGAAUAUCAACCGAUUUACUUUGUUGCAGAAUCGUUUAAAGAUGCUCAACAAAAAGUUCGAGAAUUCGCAAAAACAUUGAAUAGACCAUUUUCCGUAAGAUAA